GCGGAAGCGGCGGCCUGGGGGGCGGGGAAGGGGCUGGCCCCGGAAGGCGGAGGAAACCCUGAAAAGAAAACAGCAACAAGCUGAGCUACUGUGACAGAGGGAAACAAAAUGGCGGCGCCGAAAGGGAGCCUCUGGGUCAGGGCCCAGCUGGGGCUCCCGCCGCUGCUGCUGCUGACCAUGGCCCUGGCCGGAGGCUCGGGGACCGCUUCGGCUGAAGCGUUUGACUCGAUCUUGGGUGAUACGGCGUCUUGUCACCGGGCCUGUCAGUUGACCUUCCCCUUGCAUACCUACCCCAAGGAAGAGGAGUUGUACGCAUGUCAGAGAGGUUGCAGGCUGUUUUCAAUUUGUCAAUUUGUGGAUGAUGGAAUUGAUCUAAAUCGGACCAAAAUGGAAUGUGAAUCUGCAUGUACAGAAGCAUAUUCCCAAUCUGAUGAGCAAUAUGCUUGCCAUCUUGGUUGCCAGAAUCAGCUGCCAUUCGCUGAACUGAGACAAGAACAACUCAUGUCCCUGAUGCCAAAAAUGCAUCUACUCUUCCCUCUAACUCUGGUAAGGUCAUUCUGGAGUGACAUGAUGGACUCUGCUCAGAGCUUCAUAACCUCUUCAUGGACUUUUUAUCUUCAAGCUGAUGAUGGAAAAAUAGUUAUAUUCCAGUCUAAGCCAGAAAUCCAGUAUGCACCACAGUUGGAGCAGGAGCCUACAAAUUGGAAAGAAUCGUCGCUAAGCAAAAUGUCCUAUCUGCAAAUGAGAAGUUCACAAACACAUAGGAACUAUCUUGAAGAUGGAGAAAGUGAUGGCUUUUUAAGAUGUCUGUCUCUUAACUCUGGGUGGAUUUUAACCACGACCCUUGUCCUCUCGGUGAUGGUAUUGCUCUGGAUCUGUUGUGCGACCGUCGCUACGGCUAUGGAGCAGUAUGUUCCCUCUGAGAAGCUGAGUAUCUAUGGUGACUUGGAAUUUGUGAAUGAACAAAAGCUAAACAGAUACCCAUCUUCUUCUCUUGUGGUUGUUAGAUCUAAAGCUGAAGACCACGAAGAAGCAGGGCCUCUACCUACAAAAAUGAAUCUUGCUCAUUCAGAAAUUUAAGCUUUUUUUCUUUUUUAAAGGAAGGGUAAUAGACAUCUAAAUUUUCAUUCCUCAUAGAGCUUCUAAAGAUGGUUUCAUUGGAUAGGACUUAAAAAUCACUAUAAAAUGCAAAUAAAGUUACCCAAAUCUGUGAAGACUGUAUUUGCUGUAACUUUAUCUGUAAUUUCUUUUCUAGUAAUUUAAGAGAUGGAUGUUUGGGAUUGCAUUUUUAUUUUACUAAUACCUGUAGCUAUUUUAUUAUUUACAUUGUUUUUGUUUGUUUUCUUUCUUAGCCAAAUUCUGUGAGCUGAUCAUUGCUCUUCCCCACCUCCUGCCAUAAUACUGUCUGUCUGUCACCUUAGUUAAUAAACUGAAUACUCCAUAGGAUUUGAUGCUUUUGCUCAGAAAGGCCCACAACCUGUAUUUUGAGAUUUAGCAGGAAAUGCCCUUUAAUGACACUACACUUUCAGUUGUAUUGACUGAAAUCAUUAAAAUUUUAUUUGAAUAA